UGUGAUAAUAUCCUUAAUCAAGCAAAAUGGAAGGCUAAAAAAUUACAAGAGGAUUUAUAUUUUGAAGAUACUGAUAAUAAAAAAAUUAUUAAAGAGGAAUUAUCUAUUAUAACUAAUAGAUGA